AUGAUGAUCAAAGUGGUUUGUUCGGCAGGAACCGCACGAGCACUCGAGGAAGAGUUGUCUGUAGACAUACUUUGCCUGGCAAUAACGAAUGAGCGUAAUCUAUUUCCUGACACUGCAUCCAACGCUUUGUUGGUUUGGGAUUCUGUUUUGGACUCACUACUACGUGAAAAUCCUAGUACUUUCGCUCAUAGUGACGUUGACAUUUGUAUGGUUUGUACAACUAUGUCGAAGUACGUACAAGUUGUCAAGUCCAAUGGAGGGCUAGAUAUUGAAUACGAGAAAGUAUUCACACUGAGUGCAUCGAUGCAUUCUACGGUAGCGGCUACAAUAUUCGGAUUGCUCACUUUUCUCGCGACACUUAUUAUCGUUAUUAAACUCUUAUAUUCAAACCUUCAACGUCUAUGA